AGUUUGAGACCUGGUUUGAUUCAUCCUGUCUUGGUCAAGUCCUGUCGCCCUUUGGAGUCAAUGGUCUAACCUUGCGCAAACAAAACGCACCAAACCAUCCUUGUUUGCGUUAUCAAUACGCUUCAUCCUUGCACAUCUUCCUCUAUCAUCUUCCACACCUCCUCCUCUUCCUUUUUCCCUCUCUCUCUCUCCUUCAUGUCCAUCCGUCUCCUGCUCCCUCCCUCUGUGCCCCUCUUUACGCACAAAACAAGUGAGAGCGCGCACAAGGCUACAGCAAAGGAAAACCAGAGGAGACAAUAGACCGGCAAUAUUUUUGGGUCAUCAUGCCGUUUGGACGUUUGCGCGUAUGAAUUAUGCACUGUGGGUUGUGAGGCACAGACUACACAAUAAUAAGAGUGUUUUCCUGGAUCAAAGUUUCCUCCAGUUUUUCAUGCUGCCCACGGAAAUCUCUGCAGGAGUGUGUUUCACGUCAAGCGAUCACACUGAAGGCCGCAGAGAAGGGAUGAAAACAGAGGAAAGCCAACAGUCCUGUCUACAGCAGCCUCCGUCCUCCACGCCUUUUGGUCCAGAGUUCAGAGGUGGGGGAGAGCUGUGCGCGGGCUGUGAGUCUCCCAUCGCCGAUCGCUUCUUGCUGCGCGUAAACGAGCGCUCUUGGCACGAGACGUGCGUAAAAUGUGCCGUGUGUCUGAGCGCUCUGAGCGGCACCUGUUACUGCAGGGACCGUCUUCUCUACUGCAAGCACGACUAUGAGAAGUUGUUUGUGAGGAAGUGCAGCGCAUGCCUGCAGGUGAUCGGGCGCUCGGAGCUCAUCAUGCGGGUGCUGGGACAGGUGUAUCACUUGGGCUGCUUCAGCUGCUGCGAGUGUGAGCGCCGGCUACAGAGGGGCGAUGAGUUUGUGCUAAAGGAGGGCCAACUGCUUUGCCGCAUGGACUACGAGAAGGAGAGGGAGAUGUUAGCUGCUAUAAGCCCCACUCCAACUGAAUCAGUGAAGAGUGAAGAUGAGGAUGGAGGAGGAGGAUCAGGCGGAGGGAAAGGGGGAGACGAAAGCAAAGAACAUAAGCGAUCCAAAAGACCUCGCACCAUCUUGACCACGCAGCAGCGCAGAGCAUUCAAGGCAUCGUUUGAAGUGUCCGCUAAGCCCUGCCGCAAGGUGAGAGAGACACUAGCCGCUGAGACGGGGCUGACGGUGCGUGUGGUUCAAGUGUGGUUUCAAAACCAAAGAGCCAAGAUGAAGAAAAUAGCCCGUCGACAGCAGCAACAACAGCAGCAGCAGCAGGAGCAAGAGCAGCUGGGAGGAAGCCGGAGAGGGCCGAGCCGAGGGGGGCGUCAGAGCAACGACGACAGUGAGGACGGCUCUAGUACCCACGGAAUGGAUGGUAUCCUGGGAUAUCCUUCCUUGCCACGUCAGCAGCUACUUGCCCUGGACAUCUACGGAGGGGAGUCCUUUCGACACGGUCUUACACCCCCUCAGCUGGGCAGCGAGCAACUUCAUCCCUAUGAUUCUGAGACGGUGUUUCAUGACCUCGACAGUGACGGGAGCCUUGGUCACCUCGGAGACUGCCUCCUAGCGGCAGGAGAUGGUGGGCUCCUGCCGGGCCGUGUGGGAAACCCCAUUGACCGCCUCUACUCCAUGCAGAACUCCUACUUCACCUCCUGACCCCUAUAAACUCACUGCCCUCAAACUAAGUCCACUUUCCACCUCAGAGAUGCAGCUAUCGGGAGUCUGAACAUUUGGACACUGCUGCGGAAACACCAUAACAACAACAACAUUUCUAUGCUUUUAACAGAGGCCUAAAUAUACAAUAAUUUAUCAUGAUAUAUCAUGCAUUAGACUCUUACAUUCUUCAACUGUCUUUCCUAUAGAUCAUAUGCUGGAAAUAUAAACAUGUAAAGACCUCAGUUUGGUUAUAAUAUUUUACCAUGGGAAAAUGAGGCCCAUCUUAGAUUGCAGAACAAAGUAAUAACUCUUCAUAAAAAACAAAAAGACUCCACACUGAAUGGGUAAAAUAUUGGAAACAGGUCUGUUGCUUUUAUGACGGACUGCAGGUUAUUCAGGACUGUAUGGACUAGUGUACAGUUUUGCUCUCAGGUUUGUGUGUAUGUUUAUGUUUCCUGAGCUCAUACUCAGGAUAUUGUGCUGGCCUGCCCACUGACUACAAGUACUGCAUCAAUGACAAUUAAAAUAUCCAUCCAAGAUAACCUCUCUAGCUUUUAAUGCGUGGCAUUUAGAAAGGUAUGUGCCAAAAACAUGAAAAAAAAAAAAAAUCUUCUGACAGGGUCAUUUAAAAUGCCUUAUGUGGAAACAGGGUUGUUACUUUCCCUUUCUCAUUUAAUGUAGUCUUAAAGACACAUCGAACCAAUGGAUCUUAAAUCCCCAAAACAUAGGACACUAGGCGCACCAUGUGCACAAUAUGUAAAUGUGAGUAUCACUGUGUUAUAAUUAUUUGUUGUAGUUAACUUCUUUAACAUCUCAAUAAGAUGUUGUUAGCUAAAUAUUUUGUACCUACUGUAAUAAUCAACUAUUUAAUCUGUAGCAUGAUAUUUAUGUGUCACCGCGUAGGUCUUAAAAUCUGCACCUUUGUUGGACCACGUUCAGCGGACCAUGUGGUGCCGAGUAAUAUAGGAAUAGCAAGAUAAUGUCUCAUUUAGGCAUCAUUGAGUGGCAAAAGCUUGUGGCAUUUUCACUGAUGUUAUGUUAAACUUUAAUCUAUAUUUUUACAGUGAGUUUCUGUGAAUGUGAUUUGUGUAAUACUAAAGUCUAAGUUUUCUCUAAGUUUGUUCAGUAACUGACAGUGAUGUUCCUUGAAUGUAAUGUUGCCGUAUCCUCAAUACAAUGU